AUGGGCGCCUAUCUCUAUGGGCGCCUAUCUCUAGGGGCACCUAUCUCUAGGGGCGCCUAUCUCUAUGGGCGCCUAUCUCUAUGGGGGCACCUAUCUCUAUGGGCGCCUAUCUCUAUGGGCGCCUAUCUCUAUGGGUGCCUAUCUCUAGGGGCGCCUAUCUCUAGGGGCGCCUAUCUCUAUGGGCGUCUAUCUCUAUGGGCGCCUAUCUCUAUGGGCGCCUAUCUCUAUGGGCGCCUAUCUCUAUGGGCGCCUAUCUCUAUGGGCGCCUAUCUCUAUGGGCGCCUAUCUCUAUGGGCGCCUAUCUCUAUGGGCGCCUAUCUCUAUGGGCGCCUAUCUCUAGGGGCGCCUAUCUCUAGUGGCGCCUAUCUCUAUGGGCGCCUAUCUCUAUGGGCGCCUAUCUCUAGGGGCGCCUAUCUCUAUGGGCGCCUAUCUCUAGAAGCGCCUAUCUCUAUGGGCGCCUAUCUCUAG